CUGAAACCUAAACAGUGUUAUCGGUAUUUAUAACGAUAACACUAUUUAGAUUUCUGGCAUUCAGUUCAUCACAAUGAUUCAUAUCGCGUUUGUUUCGCCCAUCGAGGUUUUAUUGCAAACAAUCAUCAAUCAAUAUUUAGGCAUAUCAUACUGUUUGACUGUAGUAGCGGAAACACCUAUAAACUGUAUGUACCCUGUAAGUUUUACUUACAUAGUUCCAAAUGACAACUUAACUGGUCAAAUGCUUGAUGUAUCGGAGAAGGGAUGUUCAGAUUAUAUAGUGCGAGUAAGAGAACCGAACUUGUUCAUGGUUUCUUUUGACGAAGUCAAUCAGUUGGGAAAUACUAGAAGAAGUAAUAGAAAAAUAGUUUUUCUGCCUGCAGAAAAUGAUGAAUACGAUACUAAUAAAUUAUUAGAUAUUUUAUCCUUGAAACAGACAAGCUUUGUUCCUCAUCUCCUAAUGAUAGUUCCGUCAGCUAAUAUAUCGGGCGAUGAAUGUCAAUCAUACGAUCUUGUGACUCACAAUUAUGUUGGUUCCGACGACGAAAGCAGUCAGCUAGUCAACUUGGAUCAAUGGAACUCUUGCACUGAUAAAUUUCAUGGCAAUGUGAAUCUCUUCCCUCAUGACAUGUCUAAUUUGUACGGGAAGACGUUCAAGAUAGCUUGUUUCACAUACAAACCAUAUACUUUGUUGGAUAUUGAUAGUAUAGAACAUGAAAUAACAGGACGUGACGGCACAGAAAUGAGAGUUAUGGACGAAUUUUGCAAAUGGGUGAAUUGCACAGUUAAAAUAAUAAGAGAUGACGACCACGAAUGGGGUGAAAUAUACGAGAACCGGACUGGUGUGGGUAUUCUUGGCCAUGUUGUGGAGGAUCGCGCUGAUGCCGGAAUAAGUGCUUUGUAUUCAUGGUAUGAAGAAUACGUACAGUUGGAUUUUUCGAUUCCAACUGUAAGAACUGCCAUAACUUGUGUUGCCCCUUCGCCCAGAUUGUUAGCAAGCUGGGAGAUGCCAUUAAUGCCAUUUAACUUGAACAUGUGGAUAGCAUUAAUAUUUACAUUCAUUUUUGCGUGUAUAUGUCUUACAAUAGCUAAAAGGUGUUCUUCAGAUAGGGUUGGACUAACAACAUUUGGUAUGCUGAUUACUCAAUCUCAGCCCGAGUCCGCCGUUGGCACGACCUGGCGCAUCAGAAGUGUUACUGCGUGGCUUCUGAUAUCGGGUUUAGUUUUAGACAAUGCUUACGGAGGAGGUUUAGCUUCGGUAUUUACAGUGCCUAAAUAUGAGCCAUCUAUAGACACUGUACAAGAUUUAGUUGAUAGAGGAAUGCAGUGGGGGGCUACACACGAUGCGUGGAUAUUUUCUAUAACAAAUUCACAUGAUCCAUUAAUCAAACAAUUAGUAAGUCUCUUCAGAGUAAUGACAGCCGAAGAUUUGAAGGAAAAAAGUUUUACAAGAAAGUUGGCUUACUCUAUCGAAAAACUCCCAGCAGGCAAUUUUGCAAUCGGUGAUUAUAUAACUCAGGAGGCUCUGAUCGAUUUGACCGUUAUGCAAGAAGAUUUCUAUUACGAGCAAAGUGUGGUUAUGUUACGAAAAAGUUCCCCUUACACUGAAAAAAUAAGUCAGUUUCUGGGACGCCUCCAUGCUUCUGGUCUAAUACUAGCCUGGGAAACUCAGGUCGUUCUGAAGCACAUGAAUUUCGAGGUUCAGCUUGAAGUGAGAUAUUCUCGGGCGCGCAAGGAAGUGGAGGCCUUUGAACCACUUAAUUUUCGACAUGUGGUGGGAGUUUUCUUCAUAUACGCCCUAGGCGUUUUAAUUUCCGUAGCGCUUUUCUUCAUGGAGAUAGUGUGGAACAGAAAUAUAACAGCUUGGCUUCUGAUAUCAGGAUUGGUCAUAGACAAUGCCUAUGGAGGAGGCUUGGCGUCCGUGUUCACCGUGCCUACUUACGAGCCUUCAAUAGACACAGUACAGGAUUUAGUUGAUCGAGGAAUGGAGUGGGGGGCUACAGAGGAUGCUUGGGUCUAUUCGUUAAACACAUCUACUGACCCAUUUGUAAAACAAUUAGUAAGUUUAUUCAGAGUAAAAUCCGCAGAAGAACUGAAAGAAUUAAGCUUUACAAGAAAGAUGGCGUAUCCUUUUGAAAAGCUACCUGGAGGAAAUUAUGCUAUCAGGAAGUAUAUAACAAAGGAAGCAUUGGUUCAUUUGUCUACUAUGACUGAAGACUUCUAUUAUGCGUAUUGCGUAAUAAUGUUGAGAAAAAGUUCUCCGUAUACAGAGAAACUAAAUCAAUUGAUUGGCCGCCUUCAGGAAUCAGGCUUAUUACUAGCUUGGGAAAACCAGGUGGCAUUGAAAUAUAUGAACUAUGAAGUACAACUCCAAGUAAGGCUUUCUCGCCUACGAAAGGACGGGGAUACCGUUGAGCCUCUUCAUUUUCGACAACUAGUGGGAGUUUUCUUCAUAUACGCCCUAGGCGUCUUAAUAUCUGUAGCGCUUUUCUUCAUGGAGAUAAUAUGGAAUAAAAAACUAAUAAAGAAUUAUUUUUAUUAGAAUAGUUUGUCGCUCGAAAUAAAUUUUAUCUUUUGUUUCGUGCUAUUCCAAAUAAUUGAUUUAUUUCUUCUUAUUUUUUGUCGUUCUAUCUUGUAACGGGAAUAAAAUAAAAUAAAACUAUUAGUGACUAUUAAAUAUGGUUUAGCAUUCAUUGAUUAUUAAAAAAAUCGGUCCCCUGUUGCUUGCAUAUGUAGAGUUGCAUGAUAAGGGAACGAAGACAAACUUCAAAUACUGGAUAGUUCAAGAUCAUGCGAGAGUUACUGACAACUAUGUAAGUAAGCUUCUUUAUAAAUAAUAAUUAAAUUUAUUUUAACAUCAAUUUAUUCUUAAAAAAUGGGCACCGUUAUGCAAACUGAAACUAACCCACAUACGUUAAGUAUACCUACGUGCAGAUGGUCGCGGAAUCCAGUUCUUUACCUUCCCUAAAAAUAUUUAAGUCAAAAUACCAACCUACCAAGAAGAUAUCAACUUGCUUUCAGGGUGACCUAAAAAGGAGACCUUUAUGGGGUAAUUAGAAUAAUGUCGAAUAUUUCCAAUAGGUUUUCGUUGCGCUAAUAGGAACUAAGCUUCUGCUUUCAGAGUAGGUACUAAACAUAAAUAGAAUUACUUUUUAUGGGUUCCUACCUAAAUAUAAUCAUGUCGCAAUAGAUAUUUCGAUUAU